CUCAUUUAGCGAAAGCCACAACUUCCUUCCAUCUCUUAGCUCAUCUUCUGUUGCAAGAGAGGUCGAAGCAAUGAAGGAGGAAGAAGGCCAGGGGUCUGAGAAGCUAUAGCUUUUUUUUUACAGUGGUGAAAAUGACAAGCUGUACGCUCAGAGAAAAGACAAAUGAGGAUUUGAUGGGACGAGAGUGCGAAGGAUUCUAGAAGGCUGAAAAGAGAAAGAGAUUUAUACUGGUAUCUUCUACAACUUCUAAAAUCACCAGCGUUUUAAUCGGUUAACUGGGUGUUUCAGGGCUAGAACACGACUUUUGACAUUCGUCUGCAGUUUCUUUACCUGUUGCAUCAGAUGCUGUUGAUGUGACUGUAAUUGCCUUUGAUACAAAAUCCUGCCACACAACAUCAGAGCUCAGGUGAAGUUCCCCUUUCACCGCUCCAAGUCACUUACUGAGAAAAGCCCUCACUCUCCCUGGCACAGUGAUGAUCCUGGUCCUUGAUUCCAAUGUUUAAUGUUGCUGCAAAUAAACCGGAGUAUGAGGGCAUCAGUGGGGUUAGUUGUUGUUUUGCCACGUUUGUCUCAAGUAUUGACUGUCAACAUAAAUCAUUUUUGUUGAGAUCCAACACAGUGGAAUGGCGUGCGAGCGAAGGAAGAGGUGGGGAGAGAGUGAAGAAAAGGGUGAGGAUAAAACCGAUUAGAAUAAGAGGUUUGUGCGCGACGGGAGCAGAGCAGAGAAAUAAACAAGAGGAGAAGGGAUUAAUGAGAGGAAAACACAGGAGAAUGGGAGGGAAGCUCACCUAUCACCUGAACUCCAAAGAACACAGGUACAUCUCAGAGCGCAUUGCUGACAUGAUGGAGAAUUUGGCUCCUCUCUAUCGACGUCACUACGGCUCAAAUCUUUUGACCCACAUGAGGAACAAACACAUGGAGCCAACUGAACCCCGACCUCUCAUCCAGCAUCCUGAUGUUGUUGCACACACUGGGAUUGUGUUGGAGGGGACUGUGCCCCAGUAUCUAGAUUGGAUCUGGACACAUCGCCACCUAGAGGUUACCAGCAGUUUUACAGUUGAGAGUCGUGAUGCCAAACAGGUAUUUGAGGGUGGUUGGGGGUGUAAGACAGAGCUGGUUCUGUCUGGCUGUCAGAUCUGCACCUCCAUACAAGACCACCGUGAGUUAGUGGAUGACAUGUGCCGACACAUCACAGGUAACUCAGGUGGUAAACUGGCGUGUUGGGAUUGCCCCACAGCGUUCCCUGUCUUCAUACAGCACCCUUACAAUGCCCCAGUGUGUCUGGCCACUGCAUCACACCAGGAACAGACACGGUGGACCAACAUACUACGAGCUGCAACACAACAUCAGAGCUCAGGUAUCGUUCUCUAACCACUGUUUCCAAGCGAAAGCCACAAAAAGUUUGCACAUACUUCAAUGCCUUCUUUUAAGUUUGUUUUGCUGACC